AUGGUGGGCUGCCCGCCGCGCGCCUUGCUGCGCGCGGCGCUCGUCGCCGCGCUGGCGGCGCCGGCGGCGCCGGCGCGCGUGGCGCUCGUCGCGCUCUGGCUCGGCGACGGCACGAUGCCGCGCUACGCGGCGACGACCUGCGCGUCGCUGGCGCGGCCCGGCGGCGCCGCGGCGACGCUCGUGCUCGUCGUCGACGACGCGGACCGCGCGGGCGUGCCGGCGAGCUGCCGCGGCGUCGACCACGUGCAGAUCUGGGAGCUGGGCGCCGGCGGCGUCGCGCGGGGCCUCGCGGCCGGCGCCGCGCGCGGUCUCCGGCUCGCGGGAGAAGCCCGGGCCGCGGUCGAGGCGCUGGUGGUAAAAACCCUGGCGGCGAAGCCGCGCGUCGUCAUCGAGCUCAAGCCCCUCUGGCUCUACGCCUGGCGCGACGAGCUCCGCGCCGCCGGCUUCGACCGGGCGAGCUACGCGGAUUUGGACGUCGUCUUCGGGGACCUCGAGCCGUGGGUCGCGGCGGGCGACGGCUACGACGUCGCGACGUGGGCCUUCGCGACGAAGGAGGACCCCGUGCGCCUCUUCGCGCGGGGCCAGCUCAUGCUCCUGGACCUGGCGAGCGACGCGGCCAUGCUCCGCUGGCUGAGGUGCGCGCACCUUUCCACGCACCUCGCGGCGAAUUUGCGGCUCAAGCUAAAGGGCGGGUCCGCGGCGCCGGCCGCGCGGAACUUCGAGCCCCUGGGCGGGCCGGGCUGCCCGACGGUGCUGCCCGCGCGGCCGGGGGACCGCUACGUGAGCGCCGAGGCCUGCUACAGCUGCGCGUUCUUCAGCGCGGUCACCGGCGACGAGGCCGCCGCGUUCUCCGCGCGCUUCGCGGGCCUCGCCGGGAGCGGUGGCUUCGACGUCGCCGAGGCCCGGGCCCUGCUCGCGCCGCUGUCCGUGCUCACGCUCCCGGCGGUGUUCAGCGACCACGCCCUGGACCGCGUCUGGUGGGCCCGCGGCCGCGUCGUCCGCUGCGCGCGGUCGCGCGGCGGCGCGUGCGCGGCGCGCGUCGCGGCCUACGCGGCGUCCGCGCCGCGCGCGGCGCCCGCGCUCGGCCCGCCGGGCGCGCCGGAGCCCGUCGAGCGGCCCUGCGGCCGCGGCAUGGAGUGGCUCAACGAGUCGUGCCCGCGGUCGUCCGCGUGCGUUGCCGCGCCGGCGGGCGCCGCGGCCGCGGCCGCGGCGCUCGACGGCGGCGGCGCGCUCGCCUUCCGGCCCCUGGCGUCGCCGGGCGACGGGGCCGUCGUCGAGGCGGCCAUGUUCCACUUCCGCAUCUGGAGCGACCGCCGCGACGGCCUCUUCGGCCCCUUCCGCGACGGCGCCGCGCCGGUCGGCGGCGGCGCCUUCGCCGUCGACGAGGACGGCUUCCUCGACGCCAAGGCCCGAAAACCCGGCUUCGCCGCGGACGUGCUCGCCGGGCGCGCCUGGGACGGCGGUGCCGUGCCCUGCGCCGCGAACUCGACGCUGCGGCCGGCCGCGCUCGUCCAGUUCGUCGGCGGGCCCCGGGACGCCGUCGAGGCCGCCGCGCGCGCGCUCGAGGGCGUCGCGACCGUCGCGGCCUUCGACGCGCUCCACGGCUUCGUCCACAAGAAGCUGCCGCCGGCGCCGCGGAACCUCCGCGCGGCGAAGCAGCCCAAGUUCCACUACGACGGGUUCGGCGACGGCGCGCGCUACGCGUCGCUCGGCGAGCUCGCGUGCUCGCUGCGCCUCGCGGCCGGCGGGCCCCAGCGGCCGAUUCUAGCGGCCGUCGCGCCGGCGGCGGCGUCCGGCGGCGCGGCCUGGGCCGCCGGCGCGCCGCCGCGGCUCGCGCGCGCCGCGGACGCGUUCCGCCGGGCGGGACACAAAAAUAUUCGACACGACUUCAAUAUGCAAGCGUUCCGCCGCGAGGACCCGGAGGCCGCGCUCGUCUACGUCCACGUGCGGCGGGACGAGGCCGCGGGCGGCGACGCCCGGGCGGCGGGCGACCGCGAGCGCAAGGUCGCCUCCGCGGCCGCGGAACUCGGGACGCUCGUGGCCGUCGACGAGGCCGAGCUCCGCGACGACCCGGCCGCGGCGGGCGCGGCGGUCCGCGCGGCGGUGCUCGCCGCGGCCGCGGCGCCGCGGCGGGAGACGGAGACGUACGCGACGCUCGUCUACGGCGACGGCCCCUUCGCCGUCGGCGCCGCGGUGCUCGGCGCGCUCCUCGCGGAGGCCGACCCGACGCGGCCGCGGACGGCCGUCGUGUCGAACGCGUCCGAGGCCACGCGCGCGAUCCUCGCGAGCGCGCGCGCGGGACACGCGCACAUGAAACACGACUUCACUAUGCACGCGAGCACGUGGGACCUCUUCGAGGGCCCGCCCGUGCGCAAGGAGCGCUGGUCCUCGGCGCGGCCCGGCGUCAUCAAGGUCAAGGACGGCGUCCCGAGCAACCGGAAGCGCGGGCUCUGGCUCCUGCCCUUCGACCGCGUCGUCUUCUUCGACGUCGACAACGUGCCCCUCCCCGGGCCGUCGCUGAAGCGCAAGCUCGACGCGCUCUUCGCGGGGCUCGACGGCGCCGGGCAGUUCGCGCUCCUCGCGCGCCGCGACGAGCGCAGCGCGCGGCGCUGCUUCAACAGCGGCAUGAUGGCCCUGCGGCCGGGCCGCGCCGCGUACGCGUCGUACGACGCCGCGUCGCUGGGCGCCGCCGCGCUCCGCCGCGACGCGGGGCCCGGGGGCCUCUGCCCGGGCCACGACCAGCCCAUCCUGAACCACGCCUUCCCGGACUGGGUCGCCGUCGACGACGGCGGCUGGGCGACGGCGACGCCGGGCCGCGCGAACCGCGACUGCGGCGCAACCGUCGCCGGCGAGUCGUACCACUUCUUCCUCAACUCGGCGCCGUGGUGCGCGGAGCUACCCGAGGGCUGCGACCCGGCGGACCUCGGGACCUGCGGCGCCGGCGGGCCCUGCCGGGGCCACGCGGCGGCCGUCCGCGCGUGGUGGGCCGCGCUCGACGGCCUGCCCGAGCCCGCGCGCGGCCUAUGCCGCGCCGCGCUCCCGGCGAGCGCGCCGCCCGCCUGCGCCGGCGGUGGCUAA